AUGUCUUUCCCGAUCGACUUCUCGGUAGCCAUGUGGACUCUGGGCCUCGGCGCCAUCGGGGCUGCUGUGACGGGGAUCAUCCUCGCCAAUACGGAUCUGUUUCUCCCUAAAGCAGAAAAGGCCUCGCUGGAGUUUCUAGAAGAAAUUGAUCUCAAGACUCUGGGACAAGGUAAGACUCGGGAGGGAGAUUUUUCGCACCAGAUGUCUUUCCCGAUCGACUUCUCGGUAGCCAUGUGGACUCUGGGCCUCGGCGCCAUCGGGGCUGCUGUGACGGGGAUCAUCCUCGCCAAUACGGAUCUGUUUCUCCCUAAAGCAGAAAAGGCCUCGCUGGAGUUUCUAGAAGAAAUUGAUCUCAAGACUCUGGGACAAGUCCUGGUUCUACAGUUUGGGAACUCAGAAGGUGGGAUUCAGUUUGGAGAAAAAGAGGCCUCUGAGCUGUCCUCUCUGAAACCCCAGCUGGAUCAGGUUGGGGUACCGCUUUAUGCUGUUGUGAAAGAGAGUCUUGGGACGGAGGUGGCCGACUUUCAGCCCUAUUUCAAGGGGGAAAUAUUUCUGGAUGAAAAGAGGAAAUUCUACGGCCCUCAAAAAAGAAAGAUGCUGUUUCUGGCCAUUUUCCGCUGGAACGUCUGGAGGAACUUCUGGCGUGCUUGGAGGAGCGGCUACACCGGCAACUUGGAUGGAGAAGGCGUGAUCCUGGGAGGGGUGUUCGUCAUCGGCCCAGGGAGACAGGGGCUUCUCCUGGAACACCGUGAGAAGGAAUUUGGAGACAAAGUUAGCCGGGAUGCUGUCCUUGACGCUGUUAAGAAGAUCAAAGUGCAACCUUCAGACCGUGGAGAAUAGAGCCCCCUUCCUUUUUUGUUGCAAAUGCUAAACGUUGCCACGCAAACGUGGGUCUCAGUCUCUGCCAGGUUCUCAAUUUCUCCCCAAUAACCUCCACCUUCCUCAUAGCUCUUUCUGUCCGUUCUUCAGAUACCACCGAUUCCUUCUGUCUUUGUCCUGCUGGGUUAAUGAAAGGCCAGAUCUGAAAUUUUUAAGAUCUGACCAAGAUCCUUUCCAGUUGGAACGAAACAUUCAGGUGUAUCGGGGUGUCAAGAGGAUGAUGGAAAGCUUAAUAAACAUUGUUUUGAAAGUUCAAA